UGUCUUGUAUAAAAAAAGAUUUCUAAUAAAACACUUUCGUCUUUGUCAAUCUAUAAAUGCUUUUGAUUACUCAAUUAUUAAUACUAGUGAUACUAUUUCAUGUAAACCAUGUCUCUAGUGGAAUGAUUUAUUGGUAUGCAAAAGAAUACAGCAGCGAUGUCCAACAAUUUUCAAAUUUUCACACUGAAGGAAAUGUAAAUAACUGUGGACAGAUUGGUGAUAUUUUAGACAUUGUUUCGAUAAGGUACUCUCCCAGUGUCCUCACAGUUGGUUCCAGUUUUAUGCUAGAUGCUUCUGGAGAGCUUUUUGAAGAAUUGUUUGAUGGCGCAUAUGUCCAAGUGGUUUUAAAAUACGAUAGAACAAUUAUGGUAUCAAGAUCAGACAAUAUAUGCCAGCAACUUGAAAGAAAAGACGGAAAUAACAUUAAGUGCACCAUUAAAAAGGGUGUGAUAAAGGUUUCUCAGAAAUUCAAUAUUCCGAAAACGACGCCUCCAGGACGGUAUGAUUUAACCUUGAUUGGAUAUAAUGGUGACGGUUCGCCGAUUGGGUGUCUUAAUGCUAAUGUUCUGAUCAAUCCGUAAAAAUAUUGGACCAACUAUAAAUUAAAAAUAAAAAUGAUAUCACAUUCAUGUAGUAUGAUGGUU